CAAUUUACAAGGGGAGCUCGUAGAGAUCAGCUCUGUAGUGAGAGGUUUUUUUUUGGCAUUCUCAGAGCUACAGAGGCAGGGAAGAGGCUGACAGGAGCAGCCACUGGACUCGCGUGGAAGCCUGAGUGACUGGUCGAACAUUUCUGUGGCCACAUGAGAGAAUGCUGUCAGGACUGGCUCUUCUGCUGCUCGUCUGCCUCCACAUGCGUGUGCAGGGGAAGCCACGGUCACAGGUAGGACCCACUUCACCUCUGUUGGGUCCUGGAGGAACCUGGGAGAGAGUGGGGACUCCCAUUGAUGUUAACACUCUGGCUGUAAGGGGUGCAUUGCGCGAUGCAAUGCUCAGUAGUCUAGGCUGCGAUGAGUAUCUCGGAUCGGGAAGGGUGAUGGACAAGUGCGGUGUGUGUGGAGGCAACAACACAACCUGCAGGCUGGUUUCUGGAGUGUUCAAACACAGUUUGUCCAAGAUCGGCUACCACAAGAUAGUGGAGAUUCCAGAGGGAGCCACCAAGAUCAACGUCACAGAAAUGGUGAAGAGCAGAAACUACCUAGCUCUCCGAAGCCGAUCAGGGCGAUCCAUCAUUAAUGGAAACUGGGCUAUUGACCGACCAGGCAAGUAUGAGGGAGGGGGGACCAUGUUCACCUACCGCCGACCCAACGAAAUCAGGAGCACAGCUGGGGAGUCCUUUCUCGCUGAAGGGCCCACCAAUGAAAUCCUGGACGUUUAUAUGAUCUUCCAGCAGCCAAACCCUGGUGUUCACUAUGAGUACAUUCUCCCUACUGAGCAACCAGUUGGCCCUCAGCAACCAAACCACAGACCAGAAGGGAAUGGUGUGAAUGGACAGGGUGGAUACGACAAUCACAGAAACACUGACCAGGAAAACUUCAACCAAGCGGGUGGGGGGAGGGACCCUCCUCGUCUCCCUGACAACCAGGUUCCCAUCGCACAGCCACCCAGACGCGCGAGAGAUUACAACUGGAAAAUGGCUGGUGCUACAGAGUGCAGCGCCUCCUGUGGUAAAGGAUUCAGGUAUUCCAUCUUUCACUGUGUCUCCCGGCUAAACCAUGCCCAGGUAUCGGAUGCUUUGUGUGAUAGCAGCAGCAGACCGACUCCAGAGGAAGAGGCCUGCAACCUGCAGCCCUGCCCAGCCUUCUGGGAUAUUGGAGAGUGGUCAGAAUGCAGUAAGACAUGUGGCUUGGGCAUGCAGCACCGGCAGGUCCUGUGUCGCCAGAUUUACGCCAACCGCACCCUCAACGUCCACACGAGCCGUUGUCGAGACUUGGAGCGGCCUGAAAUCGCCAGUACCUGCCAGCUGAAGAUCUGCAGUGAGUGGCAGAUCCGCUCCGAAUGGACUGCUUGCUCGGUGCCAUGUGGGCUGGGUCAGAAGUCAAGAGAGGUACGCUGUGUCAGCAACGUGGGCGACUUUGUUCCUGAUGAGGAGUGCAACAUGAAUCUGCGGCCCAUCGAUGUAGAGAACUGUGACAUGGGAGCCUGUGCCAAGAGUUGGUUCUAUACAGAGUGGGGCAAUAGGUGCUCAGCUGAAUGUGGGAUGGGGGUACGAACCCGGGGAGUCCUCUGCCUGACUAACCACAUCGGCAGCCUUCCUCUGGAGGGCUGUGGCAGCGAACGGCCCGCGGACUCUCAAGUCUGCAACAACGGCCCCUGUGAGAAUCGGAUUGAGUGGUUCACAGGCCCCUGGAGCCAGUGCUCUGCAGAAUGUGGCCCAGGCAGCCAGCAGAGGGCAGUGGUGUGUCUGCUGAAGUCAGAGGAAGGAUUCACUGUCAUGCCGACGUAUGAGUGCUCCUCCCUGGAGCGGCCCCUCAGCCAGCAGAGCUGCAACCUCAAGGCCUGUGGAGCGAAGUGGUACCACACAGACUGGAGUGCUUGUUCAAAAACAUGUGAAGGAGGUUUCCGUGUGCGGGAGGUGCGCUGCCUGUCUGACGACAUGCUGUCCAGCGAUGGCUGCGACGAGCAGCUGAAACCAGCAGAGAGGGAGAACUGCAACCCAGACCCCUGCAUACCUCGCAUUGAUGAGAACUGCAGAGACAAGUACUUUAACUGCAACGUGGUGGUCCAGGCUCGCCUCUGCGUGUAUGAUUACUACAAGACGACCUGCUGUGCUUCAUGUUCACGAGUGACCCACAGACAGUCGAUUCAUCGGGGCCGCAGCUAGCACUCUCUACCACGGUCCCUCAGCUCCAUGUCGGACCAGACUCAAUACUCCGCCACAGGCACUCUGUUCUUGGGCCAGCCAAGGGAGUGAACUGGCUGGAUCUUGGCUUAAACGGACUCUUGUUUUGAUUCCCAAGGAUGGAAGCUGAAGAAGGAACAUUUCUGAUGGCUUAUUUGGAGACAGCUGUUGGGAGAAAAGGAAUACCUAAGAACAGUGGAGGACAGGAAUCCACUCACUCGAUAAACAGAGUGCUGGUGGGGUGAGAAAGAUCAGUAGCAAACUGAGGAAACUACAAAAAACCUUAUGGAUUUUAACCACAACGUUUAAUCUAAAGAAUUAAAUUUUUUUGUUUCAAUGGAAGCAGUUUGCAGCUGGCUGUUGUGGAUUACAUGACAUGAAGUGGAGAGCACCUGUAAACUAUUUAAGAUGGACUAUGUAUAGAAAGUACUGUUUAUGUUCUAAUAUGGUUCUUUACACUACAAUGCUCAGAUUCAUGGCAUGAUGUCAUAUGAAGUCGAUGCUGUCUCACGUGUAAUCAGCUAUUUAACAACCACUUGUUGACCAAAGAUAUGUAACCUCAUCAAACUGAAGGCAGUGACAAAUUGCCAUUUUCACAGAAAUACUGUGCGUCAAACCUUCCAUGAUGCUGAUGAUGUAACCUUUGCGCAGCAUGUAUUCACAAGAAAAAUGUGUGAAUUCGAUUUUAUUUGUGGCACGGAUGAGGUUUUUCUGAUUACCUAAGCAGUGGCAAACCACCUGGUUUUCGUGCCUGCGCAGCCGUUAGGUGUAAAUGCAGCAUUUGUAAUAUGUAUGUAUAUAUGUAUGUUUGUAUGACAGAGUGAAUGGUAAAAGGUAUUUUUUAAGGGGUUCUCAGACAAUCUUCCCAGCAACUGAAGAGAAAAAAAGCCCUCUUUAUUUAUUUGUGUGGCUCCCCAGGGAGGACACUGGUUUAUCGGCCACCAGUGGCCCCUUUUUGGCUGUGGGGAUAAAACCUUUGCUGUCUCUCCACCAAUCACAGCCUCUGGACUGAAUGUAGGCAUUCCACAGCCUGCUGGAUGGUGGAAGCAGAUGGUGAAAAACCCCAAAGUAUUUUUGAAGAGGUGAAACAAACUGCAUAUAUUUUUUUUUUUUCUGUGGGAGAUCAUUCCACCAUUGUACAAUCCCUGAUAAAUCCCUAAUUAUAAAUACAUUGAAUUAUCAAUAAAUCAUUAUUAGUAUUUGAUUGUAAAGAAAAAUCCCCACAGUAUUUUACAACUAUUAAUCUGGUAUGGUAUAUAUGAGGUUUACAUUAAUAGUAAGUCCUUGUUAAAUCAGCCUCUCUUUCAGUUUCAUACAGAACCUGCACACUGGGCCUCUCAAGUGUUGUUCAAACUGUUUUUGUAUUAUAUGUUAGCAGUUCCCUCCAUGCACCAUAAAUUUACCUCAGAUCCAUAAGUACUGUAUGCAUCAAUGUUCAAGUUUGGGAUGACUCAAGUGUGCAAUUGAUUCAAUAUCUAAAUGCAAGAAACAAACCAUCAACAUCUGAAUGUGUUGACAUGAUGACGUGAUACUGGAUUUUCCCCAAAACAAUCAAAAAGAAUUAAACUAAAAUACCAGAAUCCUUCCGUAUUCGAAUGACUGCAACUAAUAAAACAUCUGUACUUGUCUUCUUUUACAUUACAACUGUUCAACUGUUUAUUUUUCAUGGAGUGUUCUUGAGAAUUUUUGAAAUAAACUAAAUUACUAAUUAUUUGUACA